AUGUGGUCAGUCUCGAACAUCAAUAGAGCUCACCUCUCAAGCAUGGAUUUGACCACUCGAUACUCAAGUCUCGAAGAGCAAGACAGCCGUCUUGGCCAAAUUGAUGAUCAGCAAGUUGGUAAAGGAAUUCACAGCUCGGCCGUCCAGAUAGAAGUCGUCAGCUGUAGUGAAAAUGAUGUGGCUGCUGGAGGAGAAAACUUGGACAGGUGGAAUAAAAACAAAGUGCUUUUCGCCUGGCUGUCUCUUUGCUUUUCCACAGGCCCGACUUCCUCCAUGAGCAAAGUAUAUGUGCCUGUCGUCGUUCAGUCCUUUGCGCACGCAUUAGGUCACCAGAAGGGCUCUCAAAACAAAUGCACUGCGCGCGGAGAUAACUGCUAUGUGAGAUUCGGCAGCUUUGAUGUGCAAUUCACCUCUUACGUGCUGUAUCUAAAGGCGAUUUAUACAGCGUUGGAAGGACUUGUCGCCAUUUUGGUCAUGACUUGUGCUGAUUACAGUAAUAAUCGAAGAAGUAUGUUGGCGGUGUCUGUAAUCACUUUCGGAUUACUUGCAUGUCCAUUUGCAGCACUUUACAGGGAGACCUUUGUAUCGCUUAUCUCGGUCUCUGUAUUGUACUGCCUAAUGCUGAUAGUGGAGACAGUGUACCAGAUAAUCGAAGGUUCUUACAUCCCAAUUUUUAUGCUUGCCGCGGGUCAGCGACUAAAUCCUCAAGCGGCUGCUGGUCAGCCAUAUAAUCCAUCCCUAAGGCGUGGUUCAAUAGUAAGUGCACUUGGAUUGAUCAUGGGUAAUCUAGGAGGUAUCAUAGCACUCACAAUCGGCGUGAUCAUCACUCACAUUGGUGGCCCUUCGAGAAUUUCAGGGCCUCGUAACUUUAUGAGCGCAAUCACCGUUGCAGGGUUCUUGACUUUGUCCGUCGGUAUGAUCUCCAUGAUCUUCAUACCUAGACUGCAAGGUCAAACUUCAAAACGCAAUGUGUCAGAAUCGAAAAUCAAGACCAUAUUGAAGUUGCCAUUUACCAAGCUAAAAGAAGUCACGCAAGAUGUGCGAAAUCACAGAGAGGUCUUGAAGUAUUUGGUGGCUUGGGUCUUGUGGAACAUUUCCUUCUCCAAUUUUCUCUCGGUGAAUGCCCUCAUGUUCCGGUCUACGCUUGGAUUGAACAACUCUAGUGCCGAGUUUACUGUAUGGCAACUGAUGGGCAAUAUCAUGGCUUUACUGGGGUCAUUGGUAUGGAUGCUAGUGUACAAUUGGCAAUGCCGCCGGUUUUCUGAUGCUCGGAACGCGACUCUUAUUAAACGGUCUCUGUGCAUCCUAUUAUUGUUUGGUUGGUUUGCAAACUUCUGGGGAGCGCUUGGUGCCAACGCUGACUGCCCAGUUGGUUUCAAACACAGAUGGGAAUUUUGGGUGGGACUUGUAUUUUUUAUGAGCACUAGCAGUGGUCUGCGGUCAAUACAUCGAGUCGUCUACAGUAGCAUGCUGCCAAAAGGAAAGGAGAAUCAAUUUUUCGGAUUGGAAAUAAUGCUAGGGCUGUUGACCGGUUGGACAGAACCUCUGAUUAUCGCUGCGAUAACGAAUCGUACAGGUAAUUCGCGGCUUCCGUACAUUCCGAACACGAUAUUAUUCACCGUGGCUAUUGGCUUUUUUUACUCUUGUGAUAUUACCGCAGGGAUGAAGCAGGUUGCGAAGACAUAG